AUGAUUGAGAAGAAAGUGAACGAUGUCCUUGUCGCGUUCUCGGAUGUGUGGCUUGCCUAUUCAACCGAGUCCAAACCUACCAAGCGCUCCAAGUCCUGGUGGACGGACGAGUGCUCGGAGACAUUCGGAGUAUAUCAGUUGAGCUGCUCGCUCGCUGAUUACAACAAGUUUAAGAAGGCGUGUAAAGGCGCCAAGCGUGAUUUCUUUGAUGAACGCAUCGCAGAAAUCACUACCUCUCGCAAGCGCCCAUGGGACCUAAUGGAAUGGGUCAAACAGCGCAAGCUACCACCCUGUGAGGCUAUUCGCAACGGUGAUCAGCCUUGCCACGAUAUGGACGACCUCUGGGACGCCCUGCACGGCACGUACAACUCGGCCUCUGGUCAUGAGUACGAUGCCUCAGUCUUAGACGAGCUUCCCGACGAGCUGGUCCAUGAGUGGGCUGACUUCUUGGAGCAUGAGUUGUUGAGUGCCCUUAAGGGGUGCUCCAACUCCUCUGCACCAGGACCAGACCAUGUUACAUGGGUCCACCUAAAGGAGCUGCUUAAGGAUAAACACGUCCUUGCGCUCUUUAUCGUGCUGGCUAACGCCUGCCUUCGGGAUGCCUUCAGGCCAAUCGUACUCCUCAUCACUUUCAGUAAACUUAUCGAAAAGAUGAUUGCCAACAGGAUACAGUUUGACGCCGUCAAGCAUGAUAUCUUCCAUCCCAACCAACUUGGCGGUAUCCGCCAGAGGUCCACUGAGGAUGCUGGAUUGAUUCUGACUCAUCUCAUGCGAGCGGGGUGGGUUAAGGGUCUCCAGACUAGCGCGCUGGCUUUUGACAUUGCGCAGUUCUUCCCUUCUAUCAACCAUGGGAUGUUCAUGGCUGUACUUCGCAAGCAAGGGUUCUCGCCAGUUUUGGUGGAGUUCUUUGCCUCUUAUCUUGUUGGUUGUUCCACAGUCUACUGUUGGAACACCUUCCAAUCUGACUCGCGGUCUGCGGAUGUGGGUGUCAGGCAGGGCUCAGCCCUUUCACCUGUUAUCUCUGGGCUAUUCAUCGCUCCGGUGAUGAAGCUCUUCUAUAUCAAAGCGGAGCCGCUCAACACAACGCUGCUUUCCUUUGUGGAUGAUGGGACCAUUCUGGCCCAAUCCAAACAACUCAAUGAUAAUAAUGUGGGUCUGCGUAAGGCCUACAAAAUUAUCUACCUUCUCUUUGUUGCUUUCGCACUCGUUCUUGAACAUGACAAGACCAAGUUGUUCCACUUUUCGCGUCGACGAGAUGCCUAUAAUCCCUCGCUGGAUUUGGGAUACGCCCCACAUACCGGCACUACGCCUUUGAAGCCCAAGACCUAUUGGAGGUACUUGGGAUUCUACUUUGACUGCAGGCUUACGUUUCAUGAGCACGUCCGCUACUAUGCCACCAAGGCGUUCACCACCGUGCAGGCCAUGCGCAUGCUCAGGAACUCUACCAGAGGUCUCUCGCCUAAACAGCAUUGCCUCUUAUAUCGGUCGUGUGUGGUUCCCAUUGCCGCAUAUGCUGCUCUAUGGAUUACUGGUGCCUUCCGCACCUCACCCACAGGCGGUCUUGAGGCCCUCGCUGGCCUCAUCCCCGUUCAUCUCAUGCUGAAGAAGCUGGCGACGCGCGCAGUGUAUCGCGUCACUACCCUCUCAGACACUCACCCUCUUCGCUCCAUGAUAGGCGAGGGACUCCUUAAGCGAGCUGCACCACAUGCCCGCUCAGCUGCCUUGAUGACCCCAGCCAUGCGAGGGAAAGUCAUGAGCACCAUUAUGGAGGUGGACGAGCGUGUCCACACCUUAACUGAGAGCUUUGAGCCCUUUGCGCCUGAAGCUCGCCCAGGUGAUCGGUUACUGGACCACUUUGCGGACCGUCUCCACUUUGACAAGCGUGAUCCUGCCCAGGAUAGGCGCCCAUAUGUAGACGGGCUCAUUGCGAAAGUGAGGGCCAACCCACUAACAGUACUGGCUGCAAUUGAUGGCGCUGUCCCUCAGUCCAACCAAUAUCAGGUGGCUUCGGCAGCCAUCAUCUACAAGGGACAUUGCGAGCUUGAAAGGACUUGUUAUGUCUCUGGCAGGGUCACCACCCCAGAUGCGGAACUCAAUGCCAUCUCGUGUGCAGUGCGCCUUGCUGUUAAGCAGGCGAACUGCCAACAUAUUAUGGUCUUUACUGACUCUAUAGGCCAAGCCCAUAGAGCAGUCGACCCUUCUGUGCACUCUGGUCAGGCUUUUAGCUUGUCAGUUUGUCGCGCUCUCCAGGAGUGGUUCGAGGCGGAUGAUCUCCGCCGCAUCACCUUUAUCUAUGUUCUGUCCGCGUUGCGGUGGGAUAUCCAUGGUGAGGCACACAAGUACAUCACUGAACUCAAAGUCAGGGUUGGACGUCACAAGAUGGACAACUCUAUAGACGCGCUUCGCUCUCGAGCUGCGCACUCAGUCCUGGAUUUGUGGAGUUCCACUUUCCAGGAUCCAACUUAUCGAGGCUCUGAAUUCUUAGAGCUUCAACAGCCUGACGGGCGGCCGCUACAGCCAUUGUACCUCAAUGGGGGACCUUGGCUUUCAACCUUCAGACACAGUAUCACUGAGUUCGCUCACAUUUGCCAGUGCAUAACUGGACACGUGCCCAUUGGAGCGUAUUACCGUCACUUCAAGAUUAACAAGCCUCAUGGCUGCACUUGUGGGGCUGCUUUGCAGUCCCGCCAGCAUGUCCUCUUUCACUGUCGCGAUCGCUACUCCAUGCAUUACCCCCACUUUCUUGGGGAUAUUGCAUCUUUUAUGAAGUACAACCCCACGGCGUUUGGCUUCUCCCGAGACCCUUCGGGGGUCGGAUAA